ACAAUAGUUUAGAUGAGUAGUUUAGGUCUAAGCAUAUCCAUUUAGAUUUAAUAAUUAACAUUUCCCCUUAUUAUUCCUUUAUUGGAGGAGAUUAAAAGCAAGAACAGAGAAGAAUUUUGGUGUGCUCCUAACUCAGAUUUCUCUUAUAGAAAGAAGGAUUUCUUAAGACGAAAAAAAAAUCCAUAAAGCAAAGAGCAAAUAAAAUAAGCACUUGAGGCGCUUUCUCUUUUUCGUUUCUAAUAACCAAGCCGGGAACUAUGUUCAGUCAGUUGUGAAGUUUUUGCCCAAAGAAGCCUAGGAGCAUUUCUUUUCUCAUGGCACAGGGGAUGCUUUUGAAUCUGAUAAUGUUUGUGUGUGUCUUGCUGUGGGGUUGGAAUAGGGGAGGAGUGGGGGGAGGUAAGCUGAAAAUAUAUUUCUGUUAUAUGUGGAGAAGAAGAUUGGAAAAAGAAAAGAUUCUGUUGCAUUUUACUUUUAAGAUGAAUUAUGGUCCGAUCCUGUGCAUACUAACUCAAAAAUUAAUCUCAUUAUGUUUAAUGGAGCUUACACCAGGCAAGUGUGUAUACGAUAGUUUUUAAUCAACUCUUUGUUUAUAUUUCAGACAUAUGGUAGUGGAAAUUUUUUAACCUAUAUGUUACAGAAUAUUACAGAAUGUGGAAAAGGGCACAUAUAGAUUACCCGUGUAUGCUAUUUAUUUAUUAUCUUGUGAGUCUCUUUAGAAAGAAUGGAAUUGUGUUGAUUUUUACCUGACCUCUACCAUAGCAGAAGCAAAAAGUUGAGGAGAGAGAAGGAAUUUCCUUCUUCAAAUCUUCCUUCCCUGCUAGCACGUGUGUUUCUUAAUAAGAAAGGCAUUUUCUCUCUCUAAGAUUGCACAGCUUUAAAAGGGCAAUUUAAUGUUACAAAGACACUUGAUUUUGAAGUUCUGUAAGACAUUUGUUGCAGGCUCUUAAUAAUCAAACUUUCAGGUAGAACUAGGUUACUUUAUUAAUUCUUUAUGGAGAAGGUUGCUUUUGACUGCAAAAGUACAUUGCUUCAUCUGAGGUAUCUUAAAUUGGGUAGCAAACAUUUUUAGCAUUAUUUAUUGGCAACUUCAAAUCCCAGUGUUGCCCAUUUUGAUUUAAUUAUUUUCCAUUCGGCAUUGUUUUACUCUUGGAUAGAACAGGAUGCCACCUUUCAAACUUGGCUACUUCACUUGCCUCCAGGGCUGAGUGAUUUCCUCCUUACUCUGUGAGUAAUUGCUGCACGGCAGGUUAAAGCACACCUCCCAAAUGCUUGAUAGGAAGGAGAAGUUAAGUGAGAACUAAAAAUCUUUCUUCUGGGAAAUGUGAGUAAUAUGAAAGUGUAUUCUAAACUAAACUUACUUUAAAAGUUUAUUUUGAAUUUUGUUGAAAUUUGCUAAUUUUACGUUUCAUGGCUAUGCUUCAAAUUUGCCAGCUUCUCUUAGCCAUACUUUCUGAUUUGUCUUAGUUAUAUUUUCUGAUUUUUGGUCCUUAGAAGUUAUAUCCUUUGUUCGCUAUAAGCAGUCUUCUAUAAUAAUCAAAAGCUUUUGAAAUGUUUGUUUUGUUUUUAAAUUACAAAUGUUAUUUUUCUUAUUUGACUUUGUUUUUCCCACAGAGCAGUUUUAGUCCUGGGGUAUAUAGUUUGCACAUGAAAUUUAAAACAGUGUAUCUUUUUUUUGCUUUUAAAAAGAUCUUAUGUACCAAGAAAUUUAAUCAAGAAUGUAGUAGAGACAAACUGAACUGAUUUUUUCCUACAAAUUCUUAAUAUGUAUUAUGUAUGAAUAUAACUGAUUAUUAUUGAAUUUCUAUCUAUUUAAGGUAUCUUUUCUUAAAAUUGGGAUAUCCAUGGAACAAUUUAACCAGCCAAAAUAAGGAAGAAGAAAACAUUUAAAAGUGUAAUUGUGCAUUUGAAAAUAUAUUUGUGUAGGAUGAACUCAGGUUCAUAGAGCAAUGAUUCAUAGCACAAACCUGAUUUCCCAUUUUGUUUAUUCUAUAUGGAAGAAUGAUUAUUGAAGAUAAAAUGCAAGUACAUCAGGUCAGAAGGAUUGUUGGAUUGAGGUGUGAGCACUAUUAGCAGAUUUUUAAAAUCUUUGUUUUCUAUAACAUGCUCUGCUAACUUGCCUUUACAGCAUUUGUUUAUCACCAAAUAGUCUGCACUUCUUUCAUAUCCUUUGUGUCUUUGGAAGGAGACAGAAUCAAAUCCUUUUAUUCCCAUUUUCUUUGAGCCUCCUUAUCCCUCAGUGAGAAAACUUGCAGUAAAAAAUGGAAAAAUAUCAGAAUUUCUGCUUUCCUUCUGGAAAUCUUCUAGCUGUUUAACGAUGUUAAAACUUAGAUUCAUUUAAGAACUGUAGGCAUUUACAGAAACAUAUAAAUUUCUAAGGAUUUGAACAAAAGGGGAAAAGUCACUGUCAUUUGAUAUAUUUGGUAAGCUUUUUAUUCUAACUUACUGGCAUGACUGUACAUCUAACAUCACACAGUUAGGAUGGGAGCUGGCACAUUCAGGUUAGCAAACAGAAAGAAUUUGUUCCAAAGUGAUUUAGUAAGAAAUACAUGAAAUACAUAUGUAGUAAGCAAGAAUCUUACAAAUUGUAUGGGAACUGUAGUGUGCACUGUUUACAUAGUGAUUAGGUCUGCAUACCCAAAGACUCAAAUGUUAUUUUUCAAGUGUGUAUAUUGCAGUAUCUUGGCUAUAGCAGUUUGGUAUAAUUUAGAAGAAACUACUACUUACUUACCUGCAUAAAAGUAUGGUAUUGAGGUAUAGCUGUAUAGAGGAAUGCAUGCAGCAUUAUACAUUAAAAAGAUAAAAUGACCCAUGUGCAUAUGUAGUGUUAGACUACAGAGCAUGUGUAUAGUGUGUUCCUUGAGGGCAGGAUAGGAGCUAACAUGUUUCUGGAUUUAUCUGGCGGUAUUUGAUCCUUUCAAACGGAAACUGUUUGUGUAAUGACUCACACAUGCAGGAGUGAACAAAGCAGUUUUAGGGAAUUUAUCCAUGUGUGCAGAUGGAGGUAGGCACUGUCUAUACCCUUUUAAAAGUCCAGAAUGAGCACCCAGGAACUUAGGACCCUGCUUCAAUCCCCCAUGACCCCAUUAAAAAAAAGUUUAAAAAAAGAAAAAGAGAAAAAAAGAGUGUGGCUGAAUUACUUCUAUAUUUCCAGGCAGCGCUGUAAUAAUAAAGGGUUGAUUUUCACAAGCAUUGUUGAAGGAGAUUUGGCAUGCACGAUGACUCUGUUUUUAGCUUGGGUUGAAAUUUGAAUUUGGCUAAGUAGUAAUAUAAAUACUCCAUUACUUGCCAAGCUGCAAGUUUCUUGGAUGGUACAAACUAUUUUUGAGACUGAUAAGAAAGCUAAUUUUGGUGAAGAAUUAACUCCAAAUAUGAAUCUAUAAUCUGAUCCCAUGAGCACAUCUUCUGUUGUAUUGCUUAAGGAAUUAUGAAAUUUGUUUAAAAUAAAAUUGAAAAUAGCAGACUAUACCUUUUAACAUUGUACGGUUUUUUUAUAUACUUUUUAAAAAUAUCUAUUUUAAAAGCUCAUCUUAAAAGCGGUGAUUCCCUAAUAGUGACUAAAUUCCAGGUAUAUUUAAUUCAAACAUGUAUUUAAUUUGCUAACCGUAAUCUGUGUUCCUAGUCCUACGUUACAGGAAUUGUCUGGUUUCAUUAAAAGAAAAGGGUAAUCCCAGUUAUGGUCAGAAUGGCAAGGAAAUCCUUGAAGAUGGGAUAGUUCUUUUAGAAGAACCUUUGUAAAAUGUCCAAUUCCCUGAAUACAGUAAAGGAAGCUUGAAGUUGUUGAGGUGUGUGAAGGAAAGGUGCUGCUAGCAAGUCAUGAUGGUUGAAUCAGCCUCAGAGACAAUACGUUCUACUCCCUCCGGUCAAAAUGGUGUCAGCAGCCUAAACAAUCCAACUGAUGGAGGAGGAGGAGGAGGUGGUGGCGGUGGAGGAGGAGGAUGUGGAAGAGAGGGAGGAGCCAGUGGAGAAACUAAUGGAGAAAUGAGCCCAGUAGAGCUCCUCCACUUUCAGCAGCAGCAGGCUCUUCAGGUGGCAAGGCAAUUCCUUCUGCAGCAGGCAACGGGGCUGACUUCUCCCACCAGCAAUGAAAAUAAGCAGCCGGCUGUUCAGGUUCCAGUGUCUGUGGCUAUGAUGUCUCCUCAGAUGAUCACCCCACAGCAGAUGCAACAGAUUCUGUCUCCACCCCAGCUUCAAGCCCUGCUGCAGCAGCAGCAAGCAAUUAUGCUGCAACAGCUUCAGGAAUACUACAAGAAGCAGCAGGAACAGCUUCACCUACAGCUUCUAACUCAGCAACAAGCUGGAAAGCAGCAAGCCAAAGAGCAGCCAUUAGGGAAUAAGCAGCUGGCAUUCCAACAACAGCUCCUGCAGAUGCAGCAGCUGCAGCAGCAGCACCUGUUAAACCUCCAGCGACAAGGGUUGGUCAGUUUACAGCCAGGACAAGGCACCGUUCCUCUGCAGACCCUGCCACAAGCUGUAUGUCCCUCAGACCUUCAGCAGCUGUGGAAAGAGGUUACUGCUACUCAGCCUGUAGAAGAAAGCAUCAAGCAAGAGGGACUUGACCUCAGCACCAACACCUCGAAUUCUACCUCGUUUUCGGCUGCCAAGGUCUCUCCUCCAAUUUCCCAUCACCCUCUUCCCAAUGGACAGAACGCCAUGCUCGCACAAAGGAGGGACAGCUCUUCUCAUGAGGAGACUCCUGGCUCACAUCCCCUGUAUGGACAUGGGGAGUGCAAAUGGCCUGGAUGUGAAACCCUCUGCGAGGACUUGGGACAGUUUAUCAAACACCUCAAUACAGAACAUGCACUUGAUGACCGGAGUACGGCUCAGUGUCGAGUUCAAAUGCAAGUGGUACAGCAGCUGGAAAUACAGCUAGCUAAAGAAAGUGAACGUCUCCAGGCAAUGAUGGCCCAUCUGCAUAUGAGACCUUCAGAGCCAAAACCCUUCAGUCAGCCUCUGAAUCUGGUUUCCAGCGCUACAAUGUCCAAAAGCACUUCUGAUACCUUUCCUGAUGGAUUACCUCAUCCCCCCACCUCUGCAACUGCACCCAUUACUCCAUUGCGACAGGGUCCUUCUGUUAUCAGCUCCUCCACUUUACACAAUGUAGGGCCUAUUCGCAGGAGAAACUCAGAGAAGUUCUGCACACCAAUUUCCUCAGAACUUGCACAGAAUCAUGAAUUUUACAAAAAUGCAGAUGUCCGCCCUCCCUUCACAUAUGCCUCACUUAUCAGACAGGCUAUCCUUGAGACCCCUGACAGGCAGCUAACAUUGAAUGAAAUCUACAAUUGGUUCACACGGAUGUUUGCCUACUUCAGGAGAAAUACAGCUACAUGGAAGAAUGCUGUACGCCACAACCUGAGCCUGCAUAAGUGCUUUGUGCGAGUGGAAAAUGUCAAGGGAGCAGUGUGGACAGUAGAUGAACAUGAGUACCAAAAGAGAAGGCCACCAAAGAUGACCGGGAGUCCAACUUUAGUGAAAAACAUGAUUUCUGGCCUUAGUUAUGGAGCACUUAAUGCCAGCUACCAGGCAGCUCUGGCUGAGAGCAACUUUCCUCUUCUGAAUAGUCCCACCAUGAUCAACACAAGCUCAACUAGUGGCAUGCUACACAUAGGCCAUGAUGAUGUGAGCAGCACUGUAGAACAAGUCAACAGCAAUGGCAGCAAUAGCCCCCGGCUUUCACCACAGCAGUACAACCAUCAAGUGCAUGUGAAGGAAGAACCAGCUGAGACAGAAGAUGACAACAGACCUGUUUCUCUCAUGGCAACUACCAAUCAGAAUGUGACGAUUCCCGAUGACAGAGACCUAGAGGAGGAACUGCCAGUGGAAGACUUGUCUUAAGGGUCCUUCAUCUUCAUAUAGGGCCCAUUUUUUCCCAGAGACAAAGCAAUGGCUCUCACCUAUUCAAGGUGACCUUCAGCAUUACUUAGUUAAGGCACUUCUACAAAGCAAAAGGCUUUUCAUGAGCCUACCCACUGCUGAAGACACACACCUUUCCCCCCCUUUUUACAUCCAAAUGACUCUUAAAAGACAUUCACAGAGAGGAUGUGAAAACAAAAACAAAAAACGGAGUUGAGCUUUUUCCUUUUCUUAUUUUUUUUUUAAAUUUUGUAACUGGUUAAACGAGGAUGGUAGGUUGUUUCUGUCCGAAGACUUCUUUGCUGCCUCCCCUCCCCAUACCCCCAUCUCAUGGGGAUAAAAAAGAAGCUGUCUUGUAUUGUCUGCUCUGUGUUUUGUCAUUUUCAACCCAUCUGCCUGGUUUCCACAAAUCAAGAUUUUGGAAGCAUCCAGUACAUUAAGGGGCAAUAUCAAAGCCAAAGGCUUCAGUGAAUGUCCCUUAUUUUCCCAUGGAAAUUUUCAUUAGUUUUGCCAGUAAUCCCACUGAGAACUUUGCACUAGGAGGAAUCUAUUCUCACUUUUUCUUACUUUCACACAUGCACUGUCUCCAUUUCUCACACACAUACAUCCUUGCCACUAACACCACUUCAGAGUACUGGAAUAGCAAUGGAAGCAAGACCUCUGCCAGGGUCGUAAUGUUGCAAUUUGUGUUGAUUUUCUGACUGGGCAAAAAAUGAAAAACCGACUUUACUUUAUUAAAUACAUUAUAGGAUAGCAAGGGGUUACUGCCACACAUAAAACCACUUGGUUAUUCUUUUUUCCAACCUGUGUUUGCGUCUUUCCAAAUUCAAGAAGCAUUCUUUUAUCACCAGUCAUGAUUGACAGCCAGUCUUCAACUCACAAAGCUUUAUUCUGCACAAAAUCCAGGAAUGAAUGUCCAUUCCCUGCCACCACAUAAUUUUAAAUAACUUUCAGAAGUCUAUGCUGUAUAUGGGCAGCCAGCAGUCAAGAUAACGGGGCCCAGCUUGAGACAGAAUCAGGGAGAGACUUCUGCAAGAUGAAUCUUUUGCUUGCUUCUAUCAUCUGCCAUCGUGUUUUUUCCAUUCCAGCAAAUACUGAAUCCAGAAAGCAUGACUCCUUGAUCGUUUAUGUGAGCAAUGGGAAGGUUUAACUGAUGUAAAUACAGCUGAUUUGGCAAAGCCACCAAAAUCUCAAGCACUUGGGAUAGGAAAGGGGGGGGGGGUUAAACUGAAAUUUAUGGCUGUGGAGAACAGACCAAAACGGGGUUGACCAAACAGAAUUCAAAGCAAUAUACCUGUAUAAAUGUAAGAUAAGUAAUUCUCCACCUUUUUGACCAACCAGAACAAAGCUACAAAUAAGCACUGAGUUUCCUCUGACAUUCUCUAGUAGAAAUAUAUCCUAUCCUACAACUCUUGUGCUACUCAUUAGUUCUUAGCUGUAAGCCAAUGUGGGGAAAAAAGAUGCUUCAAAACUAAUAACAAGAAUUAAAUGUGUCAGAUGAAUAGUGUUGACCCAAACUUGAUUUUAUCAACUCAUUGUUUGCUGCCUCACAUCAAAAUAUUUUUUUAAAAUCUAAAGAGCAUCUCAUGUGACAGAAAACAUCAGGUUUCCAAAGGUUACUUUGCUAUUGCCCCCCAUGAAAGGACAACCCAAAUGUUCCUCCUUGAUUACUGAGACUUUGACAGUUGCUGAUUGAGAAACUGGUUUGCUUUCUGUAUGAUCAGGAAUCCAAUAUCUCAAGGAAGAUGGAUACUAAUGUUUCUAAGGAAGCCUUUCUACAACAGAUCAACACAUGCUUCCCUUUCCCAUCAGGAAAUCUCUGAAAUUUAUUUUCAGGCCAAAUUGGGAUAUUGGAGUUCCUCCCAUUAUUUUGGAGACAAGCUGAUCCAGGCAAUUUGAUGUUUUCUGAAAUGACAGCUGUUCCUCUUCUAUACUCUGUAGCCCAUGAAGAAAAUAAAUCAUCACAGCUAUGUUUGAAUAGUCACAUUCAACAUUGAUAGUUGUGUUAAAUGACCUCCUCAAACUAAGAUGCUCAAGAAUACUUUGUCAGCAUAUUUCUGAUUAAUUUAGGAUUCCUUUCUACGCUUCUGAUUUUCAUGGUUAAAUAAUGCUUUUUCAUUGCUCCAAACACUAUGCAGCUCAUGGCAGUUGAUAAUAUGUAACAUAAGUGUUUUUGACAUAGGAGGGGGGGGAGAAGAGGGAUAUUGCAUUUUCCUUAUAUGCAGAAUUGCUCCAUUUGUCUCAAAUACAGUACAUUCUUAAUGCCCUUUUCAGCAGCUGGUCAACUGUGGUAAGAGACUGUCUUUUUUUUUAAAUGCUCUUAACUCACAAGAUUAUGAUACAUCAAGUAGCACUUGAGCCUUUUUACCUAUCAAAAAAGGGGCAUUAUUCCUGAACUGCCACAAAUUUCUGUAUAUGAUUGUUGUCAAAUUUCUUAGCCCAAAUCAAACUCUUUAAAAAGAUGGAGGAUUAUUCUGAGGAUUAUUCUUUCCAAUAACUCUAAAGCACUGGGUAAUCUCUAAUUUGCUCAGUUUUUUUAAAAUAGAUCUAUUUCCUGGAUAGGGUUAUGGCGGGUCAUACUAGCAUUAAAAAAAGGGAAAGAAAUGGUAACUGGCUGAUCUUGGCCAGUCUCCAUUGCAAAGCCUUGACUUCAAAUCUCAGACUUGGUAAAAUUUGAAAAUGUUUUAUCUAAUUCUUGGCAUUGCCCAUCUAACAAACAAGAUUAUACUUCCUUUCUAAAAUUCCCCUUCUCUAAGGUUCUUAAUUUACUAAAUGGCAUGUCAAAAUGAUCCAAACUGAUUUUGAAUCUAGGUAAAAUCAAGAACACCAAAAAUGAAAAAAAAAAUAUUCUCCAUUUCUGAAUUAUGAUUGCAAGAAAUUCCACAAUCCUUACUUCAGAAAACUUUUCAGGACUUGAUUCCUGGAGCCUCUUGUAGGGGGCUGUACCAAACAUGCAUUUUCUCCUACUUUGUUUCUUACUGUUUCUAACAGGCAAGCAAAAUUGUAAAGUUUGUUAUUUAGAUAAAAUGAGCUAAUUGCUCUGAUUUGAAUGGGGCUGUACACUUAAGGGGACCAAGAGGAACAGUCUCUAAGCUGCAGAAAACUGGAGAUGAUCAUGUUUAUGGGGUGUGAAUCAAAGUACAAUUUGAGCCUCUUUAGAGAACCAUCAACAAGUGUCUUGCUCUUCAAGGACCACAAAGACAGGCAAUAUAGGAUUGCAGGCACUAAGAAUACCUCAACACUUUUAUUAUCCAUCUCGGGUCCCAGCUUUACUCCAGAAGCAGCUCGAGAAAAUAUAUAUCUAUCCUCCUUUUACUAAGAACACACCACACCUCAUUUUCUCUUGGGACCAUAUUUAAAUGUCUCCCUGAUGUCCUCUAUAGAAUGCUUUGCAAUUGGCUUAACCAUUUACCAAAGACCUUGCUUAGACAAGAAGCAUAAACCAAAACACUUAAUAUUUUUGUUUGUGUGGUGCUUUUAUUCUGACUUAUUCUAACUUUUGGCAUCAGCCAAAAAGGGGGAAAAUCACAAAGAUCCUGCAUCCCUUUAGCCCUUUUGUCACUUUCUUUUGAUUUUAAGUUAUUAUUUAAAUCAACGUUUACAGGUGCUGUUUUGUACAUUUCUAAUGAAGUUGUAUUGGGAGCAUGGAUUGCUGCUUUGUGUUUGAAGUUUCUUGAACCAAGGGUACGCUGUGAAGCCUAGGGUGGUUUGGCAUUCCAUGGGUCUCUUCUGAACUUACUUCCAUCUUGCUGCUGGUGGUUUCUUUUUCUUUUCUUUUUACAGGUCAGAACUGUCUUUAUUUCAUGUUAACUUUUCAGCUGUUUUUAUACACAUUGGAGUUUCUCUCUCUUGUUUUUAGCAUUUUUUCUUCUUAAUUUUCAAAGGGUUAAUUGCCCUAACCCCUUCUCCUUCUCUUCCCAAAACUGCUAUUUUCUUUGAAGCACUGUUGGGUAACUUAUGUUUUUGAAAUACAGCAGAUUCAUUGUAACGUCUCAAACUUUGAUCUACAAAUUGCACUGUGUGAAUUAGAGAAUUCUGAACAUAAAAUAAUGUUGCAAAGGUUGCUUAAGUCACACCCUGUAAUUGUUUCCCAUAAACAAAACCUCCUAGUUUAUAGUAAAGUCAUGCAUCAGAAAAACAAAUUAUGCAUAGUUUAUUCUUAAAUGUAUGCAAGUUUUCAUUGAUUUUUUUUUAAAAAAACUGGGUUGCAUAUUAAAAAAGCAGAUUUUUGCAGCCUAAAAUGGUAUAUUCUGGAAUGUGUAAUGUUUAGACCCAACUCUCUGUGAGUGCACUGAAGUGCUUUUUUGAGCUUUGUCUGAUUGCAUCACAAUUUGUAGUACUCCAUUGUGUCAAAUUGCUUUGCAAACAGUUUUAGAACUAAAUGGCUAUACUAUGCUGUUGUAUUUUGUCCUUGGCUCCCUUUUCUGUCAAUCCUAGUAUUACAGUUGCAUUUGAUCUUCUCAAAGUUGCUACCAUCCUAAUUCACUGAUCUCAGUUUUUUUUUUUUUUGUCUUGCCUGGUCCUGGUACAAUAUUAACCGCUUGUUGGACAUCUGCAGCUGGACCUGAGAUGCCCAGGUUAUAUGUUUUCUGCCAGUAUUAAAGUGAUGUUUUCUGGUACUGUAUAGUCAAGAGCUAAACUGUAACCAUCCUAACAUUGAGAAGAGAUUCUCUUUAGAAAUAUAAUUGUUUCUGUUCAAACUAAAACUUGCCUUGUUGUUGGGGUUUGUUCAUCCUUAUCCAUUUAAAGAGAGAGGCACAGGAAAAAGAAAGUAUGAUACACUGGGGUUAAUAAGUGAAUUACCCAUUGUAAAUUGAGAGCUAAGUAGUACUCAAUUAUAGAUCUAGGGAGCGCUUCAGAUUUCAAGGGGAAAAGGUGCUUUGGUGCAUAUAGGGAACUAAAUGUAGCAUCUUGUUAAUAUAGCAACCGUAAGAAAAUAUUUUGAGUUUAAGGAGUUCCAGGUAGGCUAAAUCCCCACCCUUGCUAGCUCCAAAGCAUAUUUUUACCUUCAAAUCCAAAGCAUUGUAAAGCCUAACUUGGCUGUUGUUGCAGUGUUGCGCAGUAUGUAUUUAGCAUAUUUUAAAAUUAAAAGUUUUCCAAUACUAUUUCAUUUGGGUUAGCAGAAUACGGAAAGGUCAUCUGGGGCUUAGAACUGAGGAAAAGUUAUUGCCAGUCAGAAAGUUAAUCUUUAAGCCUUUUCCACUAUAUACUAGACAGUCAUUGGGCAGAAUUUCCCUCCCUCCCCAAUGCUUAGUCAAGCAAUAUGCUAUUAUCACUGUUCUAAAGAAACAGUCCAAGAAACAAUUGGACAAUUCUUUGGUGGAUAUCUGUAAUUUAGGUUGACUUUCUGAACCUUGAGGCUGCCCUAGAAGCAUCCCUGUUGUUACUAUACUGGUAGCCUUCCUUUUUUUUUUUUCUCUUGAGAAUCUUGACAAAGAUGUUUCCCUUUUAUCCUAUCCAUAUUUCAUAUUAGGCAUUUACAAUCUCUCAGGGGAAAUGAUUUCAGCCCUUCACUGCUGCAUAAAGGCAAACAAUGCAGCCUCUAGAAUUCCAUUUUGCCCAAAAUGGAGCAGCUCCAGAAUGUAUUUUGUGGCUAAAAAAAAAUUCUGCCAGUUUCAGCUCUUUCCUGCCUUCGUGUGACAGUAUUAAUAUAUGUGUGUAUCCUCAGAGGACAGCUUUAGACCUAGCUCUCACAGGAUCUGUCUGUGUUUAAUUAUGUCAGAUCAGCCUACAGGAGGGAAGGAAGUCAUGUGACUAAAUUUUCAUCUCACAGAAACUUUCUUCCAUGCAGAAUUUGAAAAAAAAAUGGAAAAUUUAACUACAUGAUCUGCUACUUGAAGCCUGAAGUGGUACAACUCAAAGACAGGUUUAUUCAUUGAGAAUCAAAUAAUUGUUUAGUGAUCAUUGAAGGAAAGUGUUUUAGGUCUUGGGUGCUGUGACAAUUAUUAAAUUCCUCAAACGUAGUCCUUUCCUUCCUAUGCUUUCCCCAUCUCUUUUUGUAAUGGAUGAACUUUAAAAUAUUGGGUGUGCUUUCUUCAAAUGGCUGCCUUAUGUGUUGAAGCAAGGCUUCUGUAACCAACUUGUCAAUGUGAGAGGUGGAUAGAUAACUCUUACUGUUAGAUUGGCUUAGAAUCUAGGCCUGGUCCUGAAGGGAACCAGCACAUAUCUAAGAAUUGGAAAAUAAGAAAUUAGACUUUGGAAUCAUGAACUUAUCUUCAGACUUGUGCCUGUGACUUAAAGCGAAAUUAUCCUGUCACCAUAGUUCUUAUUUUGUUUGGUGAUCCUGGCAUUCCCAACAAAUAUUACUUAGAACUGCAAUUUCAUUUAUUCAAUGUUGUCAAACUCUCCCAAUAGGGGAAAAAUUCAAAACAUUUUUUUUACAAACCAACAAUGAAAUAAAUUGAGAAGCAGAUCCUAAAUCUAUUCACUUUCCAUUAAAGGCUGUAUGCUAAUUACACUUGCAAUUAACGAGGACUUGCAUUAUAUUUAUUUCUCUUGAGAGCUUUGAGAAGCCUACAGGUGUUUGUGUAGUUUAUAGGACUUUAAAUGUAUUUUUCUAAUCCUGAUAUAUCUCUUAAAAGUGUACUGAAGAAAGAAUGUAAUUCAGUAUCACUGAAUAAAUAUGCUGUUCCCUAAAGAUCUUCAGUUUGGGGUGAUUUUGUCCCCCAACACCUUGGAAAUUUGAAGUUUCUCCCACAUUGAAUUGCUGAAACUUUAGUUUCCAACAUAGCUGAUGCUGUUUUGUUUAAAUGUACCGCAUUUGACCCUUUUUUCUAAUUAUGACUAAAUAUGAUUAAUUAUGAGCAUUUGUGUCCUGAAUUUGAUUGCAUAGCAUCUAUAAAGUGCAUUAGUUUAUAAAAACCCUUCAAUAGAGUAAAUCACAAGCAAAUGACCAGUUGGUUCUGCCCUGGUUCUUUGGUCAGUAUUUGUUCUGUUAUAAUAGCAUAAAUACAAGGAAACAUAAAAAAUAAUAAAUGGCACCUAAGGAAUCCAGGCCAAGGGUGGGUGAGUAAGAAUGUUUAUUCUGUAUUAAAAGCCUAUUUAAAUUUUAGCAAUAAAAUCUGUCCUCCUGGCUUCCUUCCUAGCAAAAUCAAGCAGUUAAAUGAGAAGGAUAUGCCUAUUUGAGUAAGCACAUUGAGUAGGUACUAAAGCCAUGAUUUCAUCUGCAAGAGUCUCUUCUAACAUUUACAAACUCAUUGGUUCUUUACUUAGAUUACAUUUCUCCUAUAAGGGUUUAAUGAAUUAUUUCUAAUUCUAUUUUUGUGUGUGUGAUCAGCAAAUUCCGCUCACUUUUUCACUUGAACGAUGUCUAUACAAAUAUACAUGGAGUCAGUAAGAAAUAAACAAUGGAAUUUAUGUAACUGCUUCUACUUUGCCAAAUAUACCCAUGUAUUAUUGUUCCAUAAGUCCUAUGGAAGAAUAUUAUUUAAAAUUUUGUGUUGGCGGCCUCAAGCUCUUGGGAUUUUAUUUUCCUCAUUCCUGAUUCUUGAUUGAUGAAGCAACCUGCUGGUGUGAGUCUUGAAGAGCCUCCUUUCUUUGGCUACUGAUACCAGUGCCACUCUUCCCAGACUCUUGACUACAUUAGGUACAUCUAUUUUUGCACAUUUAUGUCCACCAAAUUAUUUCAUUCAAAACUGCAUAUAGUACUUAUUUGGGGGAUUUC